AUGAUUGCGCCUACGAACCAGGUGCCUGCGUCAGAAUCAGCCAUUCCUGUGUCCCAGUGUUUCCCGACUAUUUCAGAGGAAUCGCUCAAGGAAAACGUAAUCAUCAUUGUCGGUACGUGUGUAGAAACACCCGCACCUACCGUGGCGUCGAUGUCGACCGAUCCAUUCUGCUUUUCUCCUGCACGGCUGGAUUCAAAGAAACCUCAGGCCUCUCCCUUUAUCAAGUCGCUAAACACGGCGUCAGGGCCUCAUGCGUUCCCUACGGCCGUAUAUCUUGGCCCAGACCGGCAUAAUCUGCGCAUCAACACCAUUUGUCCGUGGAUGACCCAGACGCGCAUCACCGUUGGCAAGAACCUGGGGAAUCGCUGGGCGGAGGAGGGUUUGCCUAUCAGCACGCCGUUGGAUGGCGCCAAGGUCGCUGCGGGAGUCCUGACCGACGACUCUCUUCAUGGUACGUCCAUGUACGUGGCUGGAGGUCGUGCUUGGGAGAUUGAAGGGAGUAGCCAUCACGGACGUUGA